GAGGCCGGGACCAUCGCAGUGACAGUUUAUUUUCCUGCGGCGGCGGUGGCAUCAGGGACGGCUGCUGCCGGCUCGGGAUCGCCAGGCCUGCGCGUGGGUUUUCGAGGGAGCUCUCUGCGCUGGGCGCUGGGGAGCUACGGCAGCGAAGGGGAGGAGGAGGAGAGGAACGCACAGAAGCCAAACGAGUGAAGGUAGCAAAGCUCCAUCAGUCCGCAGAGGAGCGGACGAGGGUCGGCAGAGUGAAGGGAGCGGGCGCCUGCUCCCUGGGUGCCCUAUCGCCCUACUGCAGUGCCUUCUAGCAAAAGCCACCGCGGCCCGGUGGCUUUUGCAGCGGCCAGACGGAUGCCAAGGCCACACGGCAGGCGCGGCGACGGCCGCUGCAGUCGCCAUCCCACGCGGGCUCCGGACAUCAGGGGCUGCUGAUGAAGUGAUUGAGAAGAAACAAUAAACACCAUCAUUUUGUAGACAGGACAACAUGGAUCAGCCGUUAACGGUGAAUUCCCUGAAAAAGUUAGCUGCCAUGCCGGACCACAGGGAUGUUUCCCUCAGCCCAGAAGAGCGAGUCCGCGCCCUAAGCAAGCUGGGUUGUAAUAUCACCAUCAAUGAAGAUAUCACUCCACGCUGCUACUUUAGAUCUGGAGUAGAAAUGGAGAGAAUGGCGUCCGUGUAUUUGGAAGAAGGAAACUUGGAAAAUGCCUUUGUUCUUUAUAAUAAAUUUAUAACUUUGUUUGUAGAAAAGCUUCCUAACCAUCGAGAUUACCAGCAAUGUGCAGUACCCGAAAAGCAGGAUAUUAUGAAGAAACUGAAGGAGAUUGCAUUCCCAAGGACAGAUGAAUUGAAAAAGGACCUUUUAAAGAAAUAUAAUGUAGAAUACCAAGAAUAUUUGCAAAGUGAAAACAAAUAUAAAGCUGAAAUUCUCAAAAAACUGGAGCAUCAGAGAUUGAUAGAGGCAGAAAGGAAGCGGAUCGCUCAGAUGCGCCAGCAGCAGCUAGAAUCGAAGCAGUUCUUGUUUUUUGAAGAUCAGCUGAAGAAGCAAGAAUUAGCCCGGAGUCAGAUGCGAAGCCAGGAAACUCCAGCACAGUCAGAGCAGAUUGAUGGGAGUGCUUUGUCCUGCCUUUCCACACACCAGAACAAUUCCUUGCUGAAUGUAUUUGCAGAUCAGCCUAAUAAAAGUGAUGCAACCAAUUACGCUGGCCACUCGCCUCCCGUAAACAGGGCCUUAAAGCCAGCUGCAACUCUAAGUGCUGUUCAGAAUUUAGUGGUUGAAGGACUGAGAUACGUCGUUUUAUCAAGAGAUCUUUGCCACAGAUUUCUGCUCCUGGCAGAAUCUAAUACAGUGAGAGGAAUAGAAACCUGUGGAAUACUCUGUGGGAAACUGACGCAUAAUGAAUUCACUAUUACCCACUUAAUCGUGCCAAAACAGUCUGCGGGACCAGACUAUUGCGACGUGGAGAAUGUAGAAGAAUUAUUCGGUGUUCAGGAUCAACACAAUCUCCUCACUCUGGGUUGGAUCCAUACACAUCCAACCCAAACUGCGUUCUUAUCCAGUGUUGAUCUCCACACUCACUGUUCUUAUCAGCUCAUGUUGCCAGAGGCCAUUGCCAUUGUCUGUUCACCGAAGCAUAAAGACACCGGCAUUUUCAGGCUCACCAAUGCUGGCAUGCUUGAGGUUUCCGCUUGUAAAAAGAAGGGCUUUCAUCCACACACCAAGGACCCCAGGCUGUUCAGUAUAUGCAAACAUGUGUUGGUAAAAGACAUAAAAAUAAUCGUACUGGAUCUGAGGUGAUAUGUUCCGAAGAUUAGCACCGUCCACGCCAGACACUUACCCAUGGACCUGUGGUUGCUGGAUUUUCUUAAGAUGUUUCCAGAAAGGACUGACAUUUUAUAUUUAUACAUUUUAGAUCAGAAAGUUUGAUAUUUAUUACUUUUGCACAUUUUGAAGCUUUCUUUUUGGGUUGCUUUGUCUCAAGAGAGGUUACAAUGGAGUUAAAUCAAUACCUAUUAAUGUGCCCAAAUACUAUGACCAGAUAAUAAAUUGUGCCGCAAACAACAAUAUGUCUGGAAUUUUUAAACUUUUUUUUUUAUGUAUAUAGUGGGUGUACAAUAUUAUAUAAGUUCUAAGUGUACAACGUAGUGAUUCACAAUUUUUAAAAUUUAUACUGUCUGGUAUUUUUAGAGGUCUCUGCAUGUGUGUUCAGAGCUUUAGAUGUUUUCCUGUAUUAUUUUUAUUCCUGUGAAAUGUAGUUCCACAUAAGAAAUUCUGAGUACCAGGGGGUUUCCAAGACAGGCCAUAUGUUUCUGAGACUUUUCCCUGUGGUGGUUGAAGAAGGAUGUGAGAAGAAACACGGCUGCAGACAGUUGAGCCCAUCGUGUGUUUUCAGUGUCAGCGAAUCCUGGCUCAGAGUCUGUAGUCAAUCUUAGUGUAGGAGACCAGAGCCCUGAGCUUCUACUCAGGGAUCAGGUGUCAGAGGGCCUGAGAUAGCCGAUGAUUCAUUAACUUGAUUUAGAGGACUAAAAGCAGAGACACUUGAGAGAGGAAUAAAAAAAGG